AUGGAUUGUGCUGAGGCCCCACCUACAGACACACAUUCGGGUCAGGGCUUGGAGGAGAGGCAAGUGGGCCUCUCACCGCACAGCACAGGAGCGUCAAGCACAUUCACACUCUUGGGCAGCCGUCCCCCUCCGUCCGUCCCCGUUGAACACGGACCCCUCCCCGCCCCCGCCCCUAUUUCUCUGGGUCCGACUCCUCCGGGGCCUACGGAGAGUGGAUCCUUUGAGACACACGGUAACCACGGCCCAGCCCUCGGGGCCCCAGCCCACCUGGCCCCUGCCCACCAAGGCCCAGAUGGGCAGCCGGGGCCCUGCGCAGGGGCUGUGCCUGCCUGUUGGUGUUGGACCCGGGCCGGGCCUCAGGCCAAUGUCAGUGUCCAGUGGGUUCCUGGGGGCCCGGCUGGGAGCCUGGCACGGGCGGCUUUGCCAGCACGCUCUUCACAGUUUUCAGGGUUCUGGUACAUUCUGGCUGUCACCUCUGAGGACCAGAGAUUCUUGCCAGGCAGAGACAGGAGGAAGCUGGGGGCAUCGAUGGUGGAGGUCCACAAAGCAGGCCAGCUGAAGGUGGUCCUUGCCUUUAGCUGGUCACAGGGGUGCCAGUCACACACGUUAAUUCUGCGGAAAGAUAGGAAAAAGGCGAUGUUCAGGAAUCCUUGUGUGGAUGAAGGCCUGGGGCCUGGAGAUAAAGUCCUGGGGGUGGGCGUGACCCGGCUUCACGGCCACAGGCCAAGGAGAUGCAACUCCUCUGUCCCAGGGCUGGGUGGAUGGGAGGGACAGCGGCCCCCAGUGAGGGCAGGCAGGCCACGGUCCCAGAGCCCACAAGCAUGCAGACAGAACACGUCCAGCUUCCCGAGCAUGAAAAAAUUCGUAGACAUAUGUGAGAUUUUGGAACUCGCAAACGGUGGGACCGUUCUCCCGACAGAUGGUAAGAGACGGCCACGGGCCCUCCUGCGCAUGCCAACGGCACGACCUGCCCCCAUCCAUCCCGUAGAGACCACGGCUACUGGACCAAUAUCGUCCUUCUGUAUGCCUCCUGCACAGCGCGUCUGCCACCAGUCCCCGUGGGCCCUCACGUCCUACACUUGCUCACGGAGUCGUUCACUUAUUCGCCCAACAUUUCUAAGCACCUGUGACAUGCCAGGCACGUGCUAG